GUGCCCGUCGCCGUCAAGCAAACGAUCUCGUCAAAGCUCCGAGAAAAUGGUCCGCUCCAACCUCCGAUAUGGUCUUCCGGGCCAGCGCGGCCACCCCACCACGCCCAUUGAAAAGAAGGCCAAGCCUUCGCACAUGAAGGGCCGCCUCUCGGAGAAGAACAAGUUCGUUCGCUCGGUCAUCCGUGAGGUUGCUGGGUUCUCGCCGUACGAGAGGCGAGUGAUGGAGUUGUUGAGGAACUCCAAGGACAAGAAGGCGCGCAAGCUCACGAAGAAGCGUCUGGGCACGCUCUUGCGCUCCAAGCGCAAGCUCGAGGAGCUCGGCACGAUCAUCCAGGAGAGCCGUCGCGCGCACUAAGCGUGUCGCUCCGAUGUCCCUUCGCUAUGCUCCGUCCCCCUCCUAUGCACCCACGAGCUUUGGUAUCGCCCUGUAUCAUCUCAUGCGCAAUCGAAAUCUAUGCCAUGCAUGCCAAGCUUUGCCAGGAGCUCUAUGCUUUGCAACCAUCGAUUCGUCUGCAUAUUGGAAGAAUGUCAAUGCUGCAGUACGAGCACCACAUGUAGGCUCGCAUGACAGGUGCUGUGCUCAAUUAGCCCUUCAUCCGCUC